AUGACAACCACCUCAACAAACCUCAAACCACCUGACUACGUCUCAAUGAUUAAAUAUCUUCAAGAGGAGGAAAAAAGAAUCGAACAAUUGAUGAAUCAAUGUGUUGAUUGUUAUCCGAAACCUCAUCCACCACUUUUAAAGAAGAAAUCAUCGAAACAAAUUAUUGAGGAAAAUACAAUUCUUUCUGCUAGAUCGGAUGCCAGUCAUUUCUCUGAUGUUUCUAAUAUUGAAAAUGAGGAGGAAAUUGGAGAUUUUGAUGUUCCGAUACAAUAUUCGAAACCUAGUGAAUCUCUUGAAAAUUGUUAUAAUCCCUUUGAGUAUAGAAAGUACAAAAUGCAAUUGGAAAAGAUAAGAACAUCUAAAAAGAGAUUUACAAAAGCAGCAAGUAAACUAAACGUGCCUAAUACAAUUAUCAGAAAUAGACGAAAUCAAAAGAUUCUAUCCAUUGAGGAAUUUGAUCCGAACAAAUAUUUGGAACGAAUUACAUCUGAAAAUGUUAUUGAUCAUUUUGCUGAUUUUCAAAAAUACAGAGAAGCUCAAAAGAGUAGAUGGUCAAAUUUCGUCCAAGAAAUGGAUACGAAAUCGAAACGAAAGUCUGCCCUUACUCAAGAAAAUUCCAAAGAAAAUAUACCUCCCCAAAUAAUUAUUCAAAAUCAUGAUUCCCAUUCUGUUAAAAUCCCACUUCUCAAACUCCCAGAAACUCGAAACCAAGAAGAAAGGCCAGCAAAACCAAAUACGAAAUCCAAAAACUCAAACUUUCAAUAUUAUUCCCAAUUUAAGGAAGCUCUCCAACCACACUACACUGGUCUACAACCUAAGAACCAAGAAUUCAUUUCCAAACACAAAAAAGAAGCAAUUCUCAGAUGGACCGAUGUUGAUGAAUUCUUAAAUAAGGACGAUUUUUCAAUUUUGAAAGAAAAAUGCGAACUCAAUCUUUCUCAAAUGAAAGUUCCCUCUCCAAAUAAUUCCUCCCACCUGAAAGUAAAGCAACACUUCUCUGAAAUGAAGAGAAAUAAGAGUGAAACUGCAAUGCUGGCUCCAGAAAGUCAAAAUUUACUUCCACUAUUGGAAGCUAAAUUGGAUGUGAAUAAGGAAAUUGUGAAUAAUAGAGUGGUUGACCAGAGUAAUGUUAAUAGACAUGCUGUGGUGACUCCACCUCCUCAUCAAUUGCUUAAAAUUUCAAAAUCGACUGGUUCGAUUCCUUACAGAAAUUUCAAUAAACUGUUGUAA